AUACACUGUUUUUGUCUUUUUGUACAGUUUCCCAGAUCUACCAACAUGCAGAUCUUCGUUAAAACGUUAACAGGAAAAACUAUUACUCUUGAAGUUGAAGCUUCUGACACAAUAGAGAAUGUGAAAGCUAAGAUCCAAGACAAAGAAGGUAUUCCUCCAGACCAGCAGCGUUUGAUCUUUGCUGGCAAACAACUAGAAGAUGGAAGAACUCUUUCAGAUUAUAACAUCCAGAAAGAGUCCACGCUCCAUUUAGUGUUGAGACUUCGCGGAGGAAUGCAGAUCUUUGUCAAAACACUUACUGGUAAAACCAUUACCUUGGAAGUAGAAGCUUCUGACACAAUAGAGAAUGUGAAGGCUAAGAUCCAAGACAAAGAGGGUAUUCCUCCAGACCAGCAGCGUUUGAUCUUUGCUGGCAAACAACUAGAAGAUGGAAGAACUCUUUCAGAUUAUAACAUCCAGAAAGAGUCCACGCUCCAUUUAGUGUUGAGACUUCGCGGAGGAAUGCAGAUCUUUGUCAAAACACUUACUGGUAAAACCAUUACCUUGGAAGUAGAAGCUUCUGACACAAUAGAGAAUGUGAAGGCUAAGAUCCAAGACAAAGAGGGUAUUCCUCCAGACCAGCAGCGUUUGAUCUUUGCUGGCAAACAACUAGAAGAUGGAAGAACUCUUUCAGAUUAUAACAUCCAAAAGGAGUCUACAUUACAUUUGGUUUUAAGACUUCGAGGGGGAAACCACAUUUACUCUAUGGAGCACCAUAUUUCACAUAAAGAUUGGUUACUUCGAUUUGUCAUUGAAGAUGCUAAUCUUUCUAAGAACAAGGUGAACCUGUGCUGCAGUUAGUAAAAUGAUAAAGAGUUAUUAACAUCAUACAAAAAAUAUUUAUUCUUUCCAUCUUCCUUUAACAAACAAGAAUUUAAAUUUCUGUUACACCAUUAUCAUCCCAUGUCAUUAAUCUUGUGAUGCUUAUGUCUAUUUUCUUCAUUGUUUCUUUAUAUAGUUUUCAGAUCUACCAACAUGCAGAUCUUCGUUAAAACGUUAACAGGAAAAACUAUUACUCUUGAAGUUGAAGCUUCUGACACAAUAGAGAAUGUGAAAGCUAAGAUCCAAGACAAAGAAGGUAUUCCUCCAGACCAGCAGCGUUUGAUCUUUGCUGGCAAACAACUAGAAGAUGGAAGAACUCUUUCAGAUUAUAACAUCCAGAAAGAGUCCACGCUCCAUUUAGUGUUGAGACUUCGCGGAGGAAUGCAGAUCUUUGUCAAAACACUUACUGGUAAAACCAUUACCUUGGAAGUAGAAGCUUCUGACACAAUAGAGAAUGUGAAGGCUAAGAUCCAAGACAAAGAGGGUAUUCCUCCAGACCAGCAGCGUUUGAUCUUUGCUGGCAAACAACUAGAAGAUGGAAGAACUCUUUCAGAUUAUAACAUCCAAAAGGAGUCUACACUCCAUUUAGUGUUGAGACUUCGCGGAGGAAUGCAGAUCUUUGUAAAAACACUUACUGGUAAAACCAUUACCUUGGAAGUUGAAGCAUCUGACACAAUAGAGAAUGUUAAGGCUAAAAUUCAGGACAAAGAGGGUAUUCCUCCAGACCAGCAGCGUUUGAUCUUUGCUGGCAAACAACUAGAAGAUGGAAGAACUCUUUCAGAUUAUAACAUCCAGAAAGAGUCCACACUCCAUUUAGUGUUGAGACUUCGUGGAGGAAGUUCCAAGCUAUUUUAAGAGUACAAUCUAUCGGAAAUGUUUAGUAAAAUUGGUAGUAUUGAUAGAGUUAUUUUACUUUACUUUUUUUUAUGCUUAUUUCAUAUUUAGCACUGCUUCUAUAAACUUAUUAAUGUGUAAUAUCAAAAAGGACAAAUUGUAACUAUGCAAUUGCAUAUGUAUAUUUACACAUUCUUGUAAUGCAAUUUUGUUCAUUAAAUAUUUACUAAUAUA